AUGGCCCGCCUCGACGGCCAACCCGUGCUCAAAGAGAUCAAUCGCCGACAGUGGAUAGAGCCAAGGCUCACCCCCUUCCAGCACGUCCUAGAGCGCCGCACUAUCCAAGACUACGCUUCGCUGUACUGCCGCAUCUUCCUGUUUAUCCUCGCCUUCUCGCCAACCCUAGCAGUAAACCUCUUUAGGCCAGCAGACCUGCCACUACCACCUGUUGUCCUACUAGAGGCUAUCGUAAACCUGUUUUCCUGCCUCUUUGCCACUAACCCACAGGCUGCUCCUAAUGACCACCAGGGCCUCAGAGACCUAGAAUCCGCCCUCAUCAACGCCGCGACCCCUUCGAGUCACCUCUCCUCUUAG